AUGCCGUCCGCCGGCAGCAUCUCACCGCACCCUCCAGCCGCCCCGGCCUCGACGAUGUCUGGCACGGGCGGCGUCGCCUCGCGUCCGCCGUUGAUGAAGCGACAGUCGUCGCAGUCGUCGAAUCAAUCGAGACACGCCGUCAUCAGCCCGGGCUCCGUCGAACACCAGCAACCUCUCCGCCACCCGGUCAAGAAACAUACCAAGAUCAUCCUCCCUCGAAACCACAGCUCUGGUCGCAACUUGGCGAAGCUCAACCGACAAACCCAAGCACAAGCGCAGGCGCAUGCUGAGGAGUAUAGGAGACAUGGCAGACAGCGCUCCCACGAAGGCGACACCGAGAUCCGGCUACCCGGUAGCCUUGACGAGAGCGUACGACCGACGACAUUGCGACGCAACAUGACGGCUUCUCAGCUACCGAGAAAUACGUCGCAUGCCAAACUCAAGAAGAACUUCUCUCACGGGCAACUGACACGGCUUGGAUCGGGAAAGAAUCUCGCCGGAUUGAACGCAGCCGCCAAUAGAGCGCCGCCAUCUCCGGGGCUGAGAGGCAAGCAGAAAAGACCCAAAUCUGCGGAGAUGAGCGCGGUUGAGAAAGAUGCACAUGAGCGAGAGACAAGGUUACAUCAAAGGAAGGGAUUGGGGAAGAAAGUCGGAUUCGCUGUGGGCAGUGCUGGGGAUGCCAGUGAUGAGGAGGACGCACCUGAAAUGGAAGGCAGCAUGCAGGAAGACGAAUGGACUGAAGAGAGUGCUAGUGCGAGUCCGUACAGCACGCGGCAGAACACAGCCAACAAUUCGAGGAGGACGAGCAUGGUGAUUGACAGAGCAGCAGAGAAGUUGCCUCUUGGGACUGCGGCAAUCUCUCAAGAUGUGCAGGCCAUGGAACAGGAACGCCAGGCGCGGCUUAUUCGCGAACAGCAAAGGACAGUACCGGAUGUGGAGGAGAGGAGAGCUCCCCGACCUCACGGAACGGGGGAAAUAGUCCAGAAUGCGCUCGCGAAGGGCAAGCAGCCUCUGGGUCAAACGACGCAAGAGCCCCCAAGCGAGCGUCCACACGAAGAACAGCAAUUCCCGCAACAGCCUGUGCAUCCGAAGGCUCCACAGCGAAGUCCAUUACAUGCGGCGAAAGAGCACGCCAAUCCAGCAACUCGACGGCUGCUAGACAAAAGUCAGCAGCUGCCUGCUCCUGCUCUCGUUAGCAACGUGAGCGCGAUGGAUGACACACAUAGCAAUCGUGGCUCACCGGCAGCGUCGAUGAGGUCUUCAAGGUCCAAUCUUGGCGAGGGCGCCGGUGACCAGCAUGAAGAUGAGUUGGUCUCUCGAUUUGUUCCAAGUGCGUCUCACCCAUCGAUGGGGAGUGGCACGAACACCGCUGUUGGGACGCCAAAACACACAGCACCUCAUACACCGGAAGAUGAAAGCACAUUAGCCGGCCAGAGGCGUGACAGAAAUCCGGGUUUCAACAUUGGACCAGUCAGCCCUGGAUCAACUGUCUCUGGGACAUCCUCAGGUGCUGCAACGCCAGCUAUUGGGCGGUCUCGCACAGAAUUGAGGAUGUUGCAAGAGAAGGCCAUGGCAGACAUCGAGUCUCAGGCGGACCAGAAACCCCAUCUGCCAGCCCAUGUUUACGACCGACGGAACGAAUCGCUUAAAUCAUACUUAAACAUGGCACCGCUCGGUGAAGGGCGAAUACCACAUACAGGGUUGACCAUGGGGCCUGAUGUGUUCCAGGGCCGCUUCCGCGCCCUCAACACCGAGCUGAGAGUUGUGCAGAAAUUCCGUGACCCUAUAGGUGAAGCCGUGGCAAGACUGAAGGGAUGCAGAGGGAGCGCGCUGAACAAGCGCUCCUCUCCGCAGAAAUCGCAGCAAGGACCGGUACCCUCUGGCUUGCCAUCGAGCAAAAGCGCCAUUUCGCUCCCUGUACACAGAGCGCAAAAGGCUAGCGAUCUCGCGAAAUCUGCCUCCCCUCCCAAUGCAGCAGGUCCGCUGAAGCGAGGGACGAGCACCUCUCAAGUUCAAAGUCAGGGGGCCGAGCGACAGAAGCAAAGGAGAGAAGUGAGCUUUCGAGCACAGCCAGAGACAAGAGAGUUCGAACGGAGCGUCGAAGAGUUGCCUCCAGAUGUCAUUGCUAGACAACUUUGGGAGAGCGUUUGA